CUUCUUCAAAUGUCCGACGAAGUGCCUUUAAAUCGCCUAUCGCAAAUCUUCGAUACACUUACCAAUCUCCAACAACAACAACAACAACAACAACAACCACAUCAAGUGGCAGGAACGGAAGAGCAACGUCGAAGAUCUGCCUCAUCAUCGCCAUCGCCAUCGGCCAGUGCCUCUGCCUCGACCUCGGGUCGGGCCACGCCUUCAUUGGGCGUGGCCGGGCCACUCAGUUCGCUGCAGUAUUAUGGCCACGCCCCCCACUAUUUUCAACGUGGCCCGGAUGGCCCCAAUAGCGGUUACCUGCACACGUUUCCAUCGCACCUGUAUCACCCACAGAUGUUGCAACACCAUCAGCACUUGCAACACUUGCAACAUCAGACCCAUCAGCCGCCCUCACUGCCCGCACAAUUGGGCGGUGGUGUUGUCGGUUGCGGCAGUGGGCGUGGCAUUCUUAGCGGAUCACAGUCCCUGCAAGGAUCACCGCUGUUGGCCAAGCGAGCCACCUCGUUUAGCGGCCAAAUAACCUUGGCCCAAGGUCGUUCGAAUCCAACAUUUGGCGGCGCCACCGUUUCCACACCCAACAGUCCCCGAUUGUUGCCACGCCGGGUGCCCCGGCCACCGCCCAUACCGGCCAAGCCCGCCCAGUCGAAGGUGAAGGUCGAUAAGUCGAUGCCCCAGCCGUUGCAGCCAGCGACGCCACCACAGCCCGCCACUGUAGUGGCAACUACGAAUCCCGUGCUGGCCGCCCUGGAUGCACCCGAUGCUCCGUGGCCGCACUUUUCGACGCUCACCGAACACCUGGACGUCCGGCAGGUGAACAACUAUGGACAGGCACUGCCAGAGAUUAAUUGGCAAGAGCGGUGUCUGGAGCUGCAACUGGAACUGCAUCGUUCCAAGAACCAGGCGGGUCGUAUACGUGAUAUGCUGCGUGAAAAGCUAACGGAGCUGGAACAGCGCGUCAUCGAAGCGGAAGAACGCGCCGAGGAAGCCGAAGAUAAGGUGCGUGCUAUGGAACAACGGCUGAGUGAGUGGCCCAAACCACCGCCACCUCAACAGCAGCCAGCCCAGCAGCACCAGCAGCAGCACUCGCAUCAGCAUCCACAUCCCCAGGAGCAACCGCGGAGUAACAGUUCACCCAGCCAUCAAGUGGGAUUGCCGGCAACUGGAGGCGGAGGAGGAUCGGGAGUAGCCACACCGCCCAUCCAAGAGGCAGAGAAGACCAUCACAUCGCUGGAGAUUCAGGUGGAGGAGCAGCGACAGCUAAGACUUCACGACGCCCGGCAGAUCGAAGCCAAGGCGGCCAAGAUUAAGGAGUGGGUGAACAACAAGCUACGCGACCUCGAGGAGCAGAACCAACUGCUACGCGAGCAGAACAUCAAGUGCAACCAGCAGCUGGAGCUCCUGAAGAAUCACAUCGCCAACCAGUCGCAGCGCCACAGCAUCGUCGGCCCGGUACGGAAUAGCCUGAGCUUGGACGUGCAGGACUUUACGGGAGGCAGUGGUUCCAAUCCCGAGCACCGGCGACGCAGCGAGAGUCUCGAUCCCCAGGAGAUCAUCGGAAGACCGCUAACCAGUUCAUAUCCCCAUCACCAGCACCGACGGAAUCUAUCGAUGGAGCCACAGGAGCUGGAACGCAACCUGGUGGCCGCCGUCGAUGGCCUCACCCUGGCACCGCUUUCGAGCAUUUCCAGCAAGGCGCCCGGCUCGGUGGCAUCCUCGGGCGCCCGGCCCGACAGCUCCGACACGGACACGGCCCACGACUAUGCGGAGAUCUAUACGCCCUCCUGCGAGAAGCUGCCCGCCUGGAUGAAGAACAAUCCGGCCCUGAUGGCCAGUGGCGGGAACUCCAGCACUACCACCACGACCACCAGCGAACUGGGCGUGCCGCGUCCGCCCACCCCGCCGCUGCAUCGCUUUCCCAGCUGGGAGGCCAAGAUCUACCAGGUGGCCAACGAUGGCCUGGCCGGCACGGGAGGCACCAGCACCGCGGAGAGCACCACCAGCCAGGAGCCGGACAUUCAAGAGGGCACCACCGGCGUGGGCGGAGAAGGAGCUGCCGUGACUAGCACCGGCACGAGUCUGUCCAAUGGCAGGCGACAUGGUCACAAUACCGGAGACGGACACGGCACACUGGGCAGUACGCCGGGUACACCAUUGCCGCCAUCGCGGCAGCAACAAACCGCCAGCGGCGGCUUCUGUGAUAUAUCCGUGCCCGUGUAUGCCACGGUCAAGGGUCGAGCCUCCCAGAUCCGGUCGAUGCCCUUCACCGGCGACUCCAGUGACGACUCUAGCGACGGCGAGGACCAUGCCGUCAUGCUCACCCAUCACUCGCACAACUCCUCCAGCACGGACAACACGGAGACCUCGACAUCGGGCAGCGCCUCGAGUCCCUCGAAGAGCCUGAAGACCUCCUCCAGCCUGAGUCCGGCCAAGCGGAGUGGCUCGGAGAGUCCCAAGAACGCCAAGGCGCGUGUCCAACUCCAACCACGCACAUCCAUCACUCACACCAGCCAGCAUCUCCAACCGCACUCGCUUCCGCACCAUCACCUCCACCACCACCACCAUCACCAUACUCUGCCCCAUAAUAACCACCACAACCUCAACCACAAUCACAACCACAACCACCCGUUCCAAGGGGCCCAGACGACGCUGGUGACGCCAUCGAAUGGCCAGAAUACGCUGCCACGCCCUCGCACGCCCACAAGGCGCAACCAGGCCCCCCUCUUGCCCAACCACCCAGCCCCCCUCCUGCAGCACAUGCGUGGCACAGUAAUUUCAGAUCUCUCCUUUGAAUCAGGACUCUCGGACGACUACGCCCUGCCCCCGGACGCCGUCUCCGAGUCGACCUGCAUGGACGCCUCCAUGCCCUCGCUCCUGAUGCGCCAAUCCUACGUGGACUCGCCCAGCAAGAAGAUCGAGUCCCUGGAGAAGAUGGGCCACCUAGCCAAGCUCGGUGGCAAGCUGAAGACCUGGCGCAAGCGUUGGUUCGUUUUGAAGAAUGGAUCGCUGAACUACUGGAAGAGCCAGCACGACGUGCAGCGGAAGCCCCAGGGCCAGAUCCAGCUGGACGAGGCCUGUCGCAUCAACCGGGCGGAGGGAGCCUCCACCUUCGAGAUCGACACCGGGAAGAAGGUCUACUACCUCACGGCCGACUCGCACGCCACCAUGGACGACUGGAUCCGGGUGCUGCAGAACGUCCAGCGGAGGAAUGCCACCAAGCUCCUAUUGAGCCGCGACGACCAGAAGCCCACAGUGCAGGGAUGGGUCACCAAGGUGAAGAACGGCCAUGCCAAGAAGUGCUGGUGUGUUCUCCUUGGGAAGAUGUUCCUCUAUUUCAAGGCCCCAGCCGAAACGAAUCCCCUGGGACAGAUAAACAUGCGGGAUGCUCGAGUGGAGGAGGUGGAGCAUGUUUCCGAUUCGGAUUCCGAGGAGCGCGAAGAUGCUGCCCAGGAUCAGGCCCGCUUAACAGUGGCCAUCUAUCCGGCCCACCAGGGACCGACCUAUCUGAUCCUGUCCGGCAAACCGGAAAGGGAUAACUGGCUCUACCAUCUCACGGUGGUCUCCGGUGGUGGUCCCAGUGCUGGCACCCAGUACGAGCAGCUCGUUCAGAAGCUCAUGGAAACUGACGGCGAUCCAAACUGCGUGCUGUGGCGUCAUCCGAUACUAUUGCACACCAAGGACACCAUCACGGCACCGCUAUCGUCGAUGCACACGGAAACCAUGCAGCCGGAGGCCAUCAAGCUCUUCAAGAGCAUCCAGUUGUUCAUGUCGGUGGCUGUGAAUCAGCCAGGCAUCGACUAUCAUGUUGUCCUGGCCCAGAACGCCCUGCAGCACGCCCUGGACAUGCCUGAGCUACAAACGGAGAUGAUCUGCAUCCUGAUCAAGCAGACCUCCCGGCACAUGGGUCAGAAGCUCAGUGUCGGCGUCCAGGUAAACAAGAAGCUGGGCAAGCAAACGCGCCAACUACUGUUGUGCGCCACCCAAAGCCUGUUCACCUGUGAUACCCAACAGGCGGGCCACGCCCAAGCCAACGGCAGUUCGCCCACCUCCAUACAGGCUCCAGCUGCCACGCCCAUUAUCGACUGCAAAAGCAACCCGCCCGCCUACAGUUUCGUCCAGGGCUGGCAGCUCCUGGCCCUGGCCGUGUCCCUAUUCGUUCCCCGUUCGAGCCGACUGCUCUGGUACCUCAAGCUCCACUUGUCCCGGAAUGCCGACAGUAAGACGGAAACGGGCAAGUAUGCCGCCUACUGCGAGAGAGCUCUGGAGAGGACAUUGAAGAACGGUGGCCGGGAGACGAAGCCCUCGCGAAUGGAGGUGCUCUCCAUAUUGCUCAAGAAUCCCUAUCACCAUUCACUGCCACAUGCGAUUCCGGUGCACAUGAUGAACUCCACCUACCAGGUGGUUUCCUUUGAUGGUUCCACAACGAUUGAGGAAUUCCAGGCCACCUUGGCCCACGAACUGGGCACGAGAGAUGCCACCAACGGCUUCUGCCUGUUCAGCGAUGAUCCCAUCGAGAAGGAUCUGGAGCAUUAUCUGGAGCCGCUGGCCAAGCUGUGCGAUGUGAUCAGCAAGUGGGAGACGGCGCUUAGGGAGAAGGGAUCUGGAAAGUUCGAGAACUCCAGGGUCAUCCAGUUGAGCUACAAGAACCGGCUCUACUGGAAGCACACCAUCAAGUGUGAGACGGACAAGGAGCGGCUGUUACUGUGCUACCAGACCAAUGCCCAGAUCGUCCAGGGACGCUUCCCCCUCUCCAGGGAACUGGCCCUGGAGCUGGCCUCCCUAAUGUCGCAGAUCGAUAUGGGUGACUAUUCGCUGGAGAAGUCACGGGACGUGGGCGUGGGCCUCAAGGGACUGGACAAGUUCUAUCCGUACCGCUAUCGGGAUGCCCUGGGCGCCGAGCAGCUGAAGGAUGUCCAGGAACUGCUGGUGUCCAAGUGGAUGCUGCUCAAGGGACGCUCCACGCUGGACUGUGUGCGCAUUUACCUGACCUGCUGCCGGAAGUGGCCGUACUUCGGAGCCUGCCUGUUCCAGGCCAAGCCGCGCCAAAGCGAGACAUCCUCUGCUGGGUCCUCGCCAGUCGCCUGGCUGGCUGUGGCCGAGGAUGCGCUAAAUGUUCUGGAGCUGUCGACCAUGGCGCCGGUGGCGCGGUAUCCCUACAGCUCGGUGAUGACGUUCGGCGGCUGUCAGGAUGACUUUAUGCUGGUGGUGUCGCACGACGAUGGCGGCGGCUGCGAGCAGAAGCUCCUGUUCGCCAUGAGCAAGCCCAAGAUCCUGGAAAUCACCCUGCUCAUCGCGGACUACAUGAACGCCCUGGGGCACACGGUGCCGGGCACACCGCAAAUGAACUCCCUGACCCGGAACGGAUCGCAUCGCUCGCUGCGGACCUCCCAGCGCCCGACGACGGCCGGCGGCGGCAGCGGAGCCACAGUGGCCGGGGGUGUGGGCACCGGAUUCUCCACCAAUGCCACCACCACUGCCCACAACACCCUCAACUCGCACGCAACGCACACGUUGAAUUCGAAUCACUCGCACACUCUGAGCAGCUCCCACCAUGCUGGCGGCGGUGGCAGUCAGCCCGGCACCCUGAGCUCCGGCCACCAUCAUCCGCACCACCUCCACCACCAUCAGCAGCAGCAGCAGCACCACCACCAGCCGGAUAUACUGAAGAGUACGCCGGACCAUCAGCGGAUCAAAUAGAAAACAAACGCCCCCAUGCCCAUUGUACAUAGCCUCAGAAAACAAAUGAAAAGGAUCAUACAUAUAAACGACUAAAAACGGAUACAUAUGCACCAGCCUAGCGGCAACAAAUAUACACCUAACAUUAGAUGGAUAUAUAUAUAUAUAUAGAGAACAGUUAGAGAACGGCAAGGAUCUAUGGGAGAAGGAUAUUAUGGAUAAAUAGCUUAAAAGGCCCGGGGUUGGGAAACUACUCUCUUCUCCUUGCGCAGAGAAAACUAUGCAACUUACUAACAGUUAUUUCCUAAGCUAAUAACGGUACUCGUACUCUAAACAUAAAUUGUAAAACCAAGCAUGGAUAUACUAUAUAUAUGAAUAUAUAUAUUAUAUUAUUAAUUAUUUUUUUUUAAUAGUCCUAAGCACUAUUUAAGCUUACCCCGCAAGAGAGGUAACUUAAAAAUGAAAAACUGUAAACAGAAUCUCUAAUCUCAAUGUUCAGAAUCUUUUUUUUUUUUGCGUUAUAUUAUAAUUAUUGUUUUUUUUUUUUUAAUACUAAAACUAUAAUAGAAAUCUUUGAUGCUUUGUAAUGGAAUCUCAAUUUGUAAUUUGUAAUUGUCCCUCCAUGCGCGAAAACUGCCUUUUUAAAUUUGUAGAUGUCGGAGCCAAGAACGAGAAACAAAGAAAUCAAGCCAAAAAAAAACCCAAAACAAAACAAUUAGAAUUAGCUGAAAACCAAUUGAGAAACAACAAAUAUUUUGUAAUGAAUUUUUGCAAGAAUCUAAUAGCAAGGAUAGUAGAACAUCAACCAAAAGCAUCUCCAUCUAAAAGAAGAAAAAACAUCUAGCUAUUUACAAAUGCAUAUAGUAUCUAUCCCGAUCUGGUUUCCGCUUUCAGCAGCGUUUUUU